AUGAACCAACUUGGCUGCGAUACAUGUACAUUAAACGAUGUCAAAAACAAAUUGAAGCGAAAAACUCGUGGCAAGGGAGUUAAUGGGUUCCUGGGAACUCUUGAACAUAUCCGCACACACUACAAGACAACAGAUGGCAUAGCUGGUACUCAACUCCUUCAAUUGAACAAUGAGAAAGAUCAACGUGGUUUGGUAGAAAUGGCGCAUGCUUAUCUCUGUGUUUUCGGACAUGGUCAUGCUCACUGGCCUCAAGGUAGCAAGGACGGCACAUUGGAGUAUCCACGAGACGAGAAACAGAUUUAUUUUAACGUUCUAUGUCACUUUAUCAGGAAGAACAUGACAAUCAUUCAUAAGAGGAUACGUUCUAAGCGACCACGAGAUGAGGACGGGGUCUUGAUGCCUAGACCUCCGAAGCGACGACGUCGACAAACGCCCGAGAGCGAGAGUCCCCCUCUCUUAUUCGAUCCAUCGCCUCCAUUAUCUCCGUCACCACCUAUACCAUCUCUCUACGAUUCGAGCAGUGACGAGAGUGACACUCUACUGCCCUCUUCUCAAGACAGCCAUUCGACUACUAUAUCUGAACAAGAGGCAAGACAAGACGUAUACCAGAUAAUCCCCAGGGCAAACGAAAGUCCUGAUGAGCUAGCUCAAGAUGAUGAGCAGCGACCAGCGGUACAGCCCGAUCUACAACAGCGAUAUGUUAACAGACUAGGAGAUAAACACGGUAACAUCAGCAGAAUCAGUCUCGGUCAUCAACCAACUCCUCGCGGACCACGCACUAAUCUCCAUGAGCGCAACAUCUCGAUAGGAACAAAGACAACACCCAGUGUCAACCGACAAAGAGAUGCCAAUGCACCCCCGCCAUCAUCCUUGGAUACUGACAGCAAUUCCCAGCAAACGCAAAACCCUGUUAGUGACAAGGCAAAUGAGGCUGAAGAACCAUCGAGUCAAAACUCGAUUGAGGAUGUACCACGAGUUUUUGGAGCCCUAUUGGUACACCCAAGAAUGGCUGUUCCCGAGCCAGAGGUUAAGAUUGACCUGGUAGUCACCUACGAUGUCAUCCCAGGCCUCAACAGGCUAUUCCGAUACAAGGAUUACAUCUUCAAAUACUCCUUGAAAGGGUUCCUAGACGCAGUCAAUUGGCAGAAUGAACCCGAAGUGCUUCUCGUCUGUCUGCAAGCCCCAGGUACAUCCCCAGCGAUGCCCGUCCGGACCUGGAUAGAAUGGGUCUUUAAGCGCGACGAGGAUAAGUUCCAGCUUGUACUGCGCAGGUUCAAGCAGAUCUAUCUGGAUCUGAAGUAUCAUUUUGCCCGUGUGAAGAUGGAUGCUGUGAUUGAGAUUGCUUUUGAGAAUAUGGUUGAGGGACAUACGCAUAGCCAUCUUGUUGACGCUUGGUGUGGAAGAGCGCCUGCUGGGAAUUUAUAG